GCAUGCCUUGCCAUGUGCAAGCUUGGAUGAAAAAAAAUCACCGUGGACAUCACUAUGGAUUAGCAAUGCUGUCUGUUUUAUGACAGGCGUACAGUUUUCAAUAUUCUUCACAUCUAUGUGGCCGUAUCUUAAUAAAUACUGUCUUAAGCUUGAUCCUAGCGCAAAUUUGGAUUUUUUCGGUUGGAUCAUUGCCUCAUAUUCAAUUGGAUCGACCAUUUCAACUUUUCUGUUUGGCUAUUGGAGUCAGAAGGUUAUGUCGACUAAAUAUCCAGCAACUUUCGGCAUUUUCUUGAUGGCAUUCGGUAAUUUGCUCUACGGUUUAUUACCAGCCAUUAGUGGCGUUAGUAUCAAAUGGUAUAUGCUAAUAGCUCGUUUCAUAGUUGGACUUGGAGCAGGUCAGGACAGUUUCUCAUUGCAAUGUGGUCAAACUCUGUUUUAUUACUUUUUUUUUUUUAAAUUUUGAAU